UAAAUAGUAAGCGAUUUAUGCAAUUCCAAUCUAGUACAAAAUUUAUUACCCGAAAAAAUCUUGAGCAUGAAGUCUUUCGACCAUUUAACCCUACCAAUAUCCAAGAUCUAUAACAGAUCAUAUUCCAUGUUUGGUUUCAGAAAUGUGAAUAGCAUUGCAAUCAAUAAUUUUAAAAUAUAAAUUUUUGGUUUCAAUAAAAAUAUCAAACUCAUCUUCUUCCUUGUGAAUGAGUUCGUUGCAUCCUGCCAUUCCCCUCCAAAAUGCUACGUAUCAACAAAACCCUUGCCUUGAUAAUCCCUUUGUUGCAUGUACGAUCUGGAAUCACGCGAACUCCAAUUUGUUCACCAAGGUUUAUAGCCCCUACGCCAAUUCAUAUCAGAAUCUGGCCGCAAUCUCCAAUCAGGCCGGCAGAAAGACUGGGCCUGAGCUCCAAACGAUCGUUGCCUUUCAUCCCAAAGGAAAGGCCGUCGACUCCAUCCACUGUGAUGCACAGGACGCCGUCGCACUGAGCCAUACGCCAGCCGCGUUCGUUCUCCGUGCCUGACAAUUGGACGAUUAGAGUCCCAUCUCCGUUCAGUUAACCUCAGAUGCCUAUCCCAAAGGAAGUCGGCGAUCUGGCGACGAAAAUUACAAAUCGGGAAUCUCCCUCGCGCUGCAGAUCUCAUUUCCCGAUUAUCUUAGAUUUCAUUCAUUGAAGAGUAGUUAUUAAAAUGCAAUUGACAUGUAGUUAACUCCAAGCAAAGGAUUUGGAAUGCUAUUUAAAGUUAAUUUUCUGGUGUUUCACAUAGUGUAUGAAUA